AUUAAUACUUCAUUAUGAAAUUUAGUACAACAAUUUUAGCAACUUUAAUUACCUUGACCUCAGCAACCGGGAUUCAUGAAUUAAAUGCAAUUUACGUUGCUAAGGUAAUGAAGAGAGACGAAUGUAGUAUUUGUGAAAAAGUCGGACCCAAGUUAGAACAAUGUUUUCCUGAUUAUCCUAAUUAUGAUGCUGUAAAAGUAGCUACAUGCGUCUGUAAAUUUGAUGACAAGUUCUUUGCAGAUUAUAUUGAUUGUAUAACCAAUUGCGAUAGGUUUCAAAAUAAUUUAUCCCUGGACAUAGAUGACCCUAAAGCACUCAAACAGGCAUUCUGUAAAGUGGCUGGUGAAUCUUCUUCUUCAGCAGCUGCUGCUGCAGAUGAUUCCGACGUUGCGGCUGCAGUCGACGGUCAGGUCAACACUGCAACCAAAAAUAGUGCCUCGACUAUUGGUGUUUCCUUCAUUGCUUUGUUGGGGAUUUCUUUAUUAUAGCUUGUUUUAUUUGAACUUUUGUAUUUG